AUGGCGUGGGGCAAAGGCGGCUCUCCACUAAGCAUCAACUGGGAAGGAAAAAAAAUCUCCCUCGCAGCAUAUUCUGCUCACGUGGUCAGCAUCAUGAAGUCCCGGAUACCCCUGUACUUGACAUUCCUCUGUGUGGAGCUGCUGUCCGUGCUGGGAGAAAUGAAGUCAAAACAUGAUGGAGAUGACCUGCUGGUCGAGGAGUGCUCAGGAGAGCCAAACAUAGUAGACUGUGCCCAGAAGUGCUCAAGGACCUUCAAAUGUGCACAAAAAAACCACGUGUGCUGCUGGACCUACUGUGGUAACAUCUGCUGGGAAAAAGAAAACCUUGAAAACCCGUGA